AUGGAUAAUGGUCAUUGUUAUGUUCGUGAAUCAACUAAUAAUCAUCAUCAUUUAAAUACCGUCGUUGAUAAUUUACGACAGCGUGCGGGAUCGUUUUCAUUUAUUUCACAUCACCAUAAUCACCAUCAGAAUAGUCACGAUAAUUAUACUGUCGAUCCCCUUACAUCAAACGGAGCACGAAUUUCCCGAUCACGUUCACGUUCCAAAUCAGUUGGGCACGGAGAAGCAAUAUCACCAGCGUAUUUUUCCAAGAAUAAAACCAAAGAUUUAGUGAAACAGGAAACAGCACAUAUCAUUCUGAAGAAAUUACUCAACAUGUUACAAGAUUUGGAUUUACAAAACCCUAUUGCAUUGAAAACAAUAUCACAAGGUUCAGAAUCAAAGUUUUGUAAAAUCUACGUGUCUAACACUAAUAAUUGUAUUUACUUACCAGCAGCAAGUUCAACAAGUUUCACUUAUGAAGAUGAUGAAAAUGGCGGCGUUAUAAUUGCUGAAGAUAGAAAUGAUGAAAUGCCAACAGCAGUUAAUAACAAUACUUUGUCAAUGGAUAGUAUAAAUCAUUCAGAGACUGAUUUCCUGGAUUCUCCACCACCUCCAGAUUUAUUUUCUAAAAUGAAAUCAUUCCAUUCACCAAAUUACUUGACUUCAAAAAUCGAUUCUGAAUGUCCAAUUCCACAUACAUUUGCUGUGAUUGUUGAAUUAACCAAGGACUCUUUGAUUAUUAAAGAUCUUCAUUUCCAAUUUCAGUCAUUAACUACCAUUUUAUGGCCAACUGGGGAUGCAUAUAAUCGGACUCAUGCCAAGGAGAAAUUUACCAUUGGGAAUAUGGAAUGGCGUACAUCUUUAAGCGACGCCGACUAUUAUAUCAAUAGUUCUAAUUCCAACGAUGUUAAGCUGAAAAACUUGGGUCCUGAAGAUCUUAUUAAUCGAACUAGAGAAUACAAAUUAAUCGAUAUUGAAGAACCAAACAAUUCAUCAAACAGUUUACUGGAUGAUGACAUGGAUAUUAAUAAUAUUACGUCGCCAUUAUCAACGUCACCAACAUCAAGUUCAACUUCAACAAAUUCAACCUCCAACUCAUUGGGUUCAGAUUCAUAUAAAGCUGGUCUUUAUGUAUUUUUAUUACCAAUCUUAUUGCCAGAACAUAUUCCUGCUUCCAUUGUUUCUAUUAAUGGUUCAUUGGCUCAUACAUUACUGGUUGAAUGCAAUAAAUAUACUGAUAAGUUGAAUCGGAAAUCAAAAGUAUCAGCAUCGUACAAUUUACCUAUGGUCCGUACUCCACCAAACAUUGGUAAUUCCAUUGCUGAUAAGCCAAUUUAUGUUAAUAGGAUUUGGAAUGAUGCCGUACAUUAUAUUAUAACUUUCCCCCGCAAAUAUGUUACUUUGGGUUGUGAACACAUGAUAAAUGUGAAAUUACUGCCCAUGGUGAAAGAUGUGGUUAUCAAGCGUAUUAAAUUUAAUGUAUUGGAGAGAAUAACUUAUGUUUCCAAAAAUUUAUCACGAGAAUAUGAUUAUGAUAGUGAAGACCCCUAUUGUAUUCAUCCAGUUUCUAAAGAAAAUAAAGUACGUGAACGUGUUGUGUCGUUAUAUGAAUUGAAAACGAAGGCAAAACAAUCUUCUGGUGGACAUCUUGAAGCUUAUAAACAAGAAGUUAUGAAAUGUCCGGAAAAUAACCUUUUAUUUUCUUGUUAUGAGGUUGAAAAUGAUAAUAAUAACGGCAACGGCAACAAGAACGUUAAACAAAAGAAUAAAGAUCAACCAAUGAUUGCUACACCUUUAGAUAUCAAUGUUUCUUUACCAUUUUUAACUACUAUGUCUGAUAGUUUAAUUAUGACAUCAGCCAUAGAAGAAGAAGGUUCAGAUCUGCCUCAUACAUCAAGAAGAGGGUCGGCAGUGAGUAUGACUGAUAAUAAUACUACCCCAAGUAACAAUAACCCUUUAUCUCCAUUUUUGGGAGCAGUGGAAACUAAUGGUGCUAGUAUAAAUGAAAUUGGUGAUCAUACAUUAUUCCCUGAUUCUAAUUUUCGACAUAUUGAAAUUAAACAUCGAUUACAAGUUACAUUUAGGAUUUCUAAACCGGAUCUGGAUAAUAAAAUGCAUCAUUAUGAAGUGGUUAUUGAUACCCCCAUCGUUUUACUUAGUUCAAAAUGUCAAGAAGAUUCUCCUCCUCCUUAUAGUUCUGUAUAG